AUAAACUUUUUUAAUUCGACACGAUCCGGGUCUGCCGCUUCUAUUAUCAUCUCAUUACUCUUGCUUUCUGUCACUUUUCUUAUUAAUAUUUGAUUUUAAGCCACUAAUUUUAAUUCCUCUUCAUCCAUCUUCUUACCCAAAUACUGCGCUGCAGCUUUUUUGGGAGAAAGAAAUGGAUGAUCAUCAGUAUGGUAUGAUGGAUCUAACACAGUACCUAAAUGGAAGGCCUUUAUUUCCUUCAGUUUCACCAAAUCUGACACCAGAUUUAUUAUGUGGUAACCAACAUUUCGAUAUGUUAAUGGCUACUACUACUGCUACAACAACUACUACUCAUGUGCCUCAACACGACAACUAUCUUCCUCAUCAUCAUCAUUAUCAUUAUCAUCACGGGUUUCUUCCCGAAUCUAGCACCGUGGCAGCUGCCACUGGAGCUAGUGUUAGUGGUGGGUGCACGUUAAGCGCGCUGGAGAUGGAGGGUGGAAAUGGGAGGUGGCCAAGGCAAGAGACACUUACACUACUUGAAGUUAGAUCACAACUUGAUUCUAAGUUCAAAGAAGCUAUUCAAAAAGGUCCCCUUUGGGAUGAAGUCUCUAGGAUUAUGUCUGAGGAAUAUAGAUAUCAAAGGAGUGGGAAAAAGUGUAGGGAAAAAUUUGAGAAUUUGUACAAAUACUACAAGAAGACUAAAGGUGGGAAAGCUGGUAGACAAGAUGGUAAACAUUAUAGAUACUUUAGACAACUUGAAGCUCUUUAUGGUAAAACAAGCAACACAAUUAAUACAAACACAUUUCAUCAUCAAGUACACUACAAUCAAGAACCUCAUCAUUGUCCUAAGCUCUCUGACAACAAUCUCUAUGAUUCCUCUGAUUCUGAUGACUCAGAUAAUUCGUCUAAUGAUGAAAAUGAUGAUUCAAAGAGGAAGAAUAUUAAGAAAAAAGGGAAAAGGAGUUGGAAAGGUAAGAUAAGAGACUUUAUGGAUAUACAAAUGAGGAAAUUAAUGGAAAAACAAGAUAUUUGGUUAGAGAAAAUGAUGAAGACAAUUGAAGAUAAGGAACAAGAGAGGGUUUUAAGGGAAGAAGAAUGGAGGAAAAAAGAGGAAAUUAGGUUAGAAAAACAACAAAAAUUUUGGGCUGAUGAGAGAGCAUGGAUUGAAGCGCGCGACGCAGUUUUAAUCGGUACAUUACGUAAAUUAAAUGGAGAAAAAAUCAUGAAGAGUAGUACUACAAAUUAUAAUGAUGAAAAUGGUUCAAUGUUUUAUUACAACAAGAAGCAAAAGGAAAUGAAUUCACUGAGUUCAUCAUGUUAUAAUAAUUUCCAAAUCAAGAAUGAAGAAGAACGGAGAAUAUCAUAUUGUGAAACAUCAAGACAUGUGCCAAAUAUUCAUGAUACAAUUGAUGAUGGCUAUGUUGCUCGGAUUCUUUAAAAGUGUAGUAUUGCAUGUUUCACGAUAAUAUUUCUG